AUGCCUUGGUUGAGCGGCGGCCGGCGGCGACAGCGGGGACAGUCGCGGGAGGCCCAGCGAGAGCCACCGCCUCCUGCUCAGCCCCAAUGGGAGCCGCCACCGCCAGCGCCCCCCGUCGCGGUCCCCGCACCCUCGGUGCCCUCCGUACCGCCGCAGCCGCGGGCCCGUGAGAGCGCCGAGCUGCCGCUGCCCGCCGGCUGGGAGGAGGCGCGCGACUACGAUGGCCGCGUCUUCUACAUCGACCAUAACACGCGCCAGACGUCAUGGAUUGAUCCCCGCGACCAGAUAACCAAGCCACUAACUUUUGCUGAUUGUGUUGGAGAUGAACUUCCUUUAGGAUGGGAAACUGUAUAUGAUAAACAAAUUGGAAUUUAUUACAUGGACCACAUAAAUAAGCUUACCCAGAUUGAAGAUCCAAGGGAGCAGUGGAGGCAAGAACAAGAACGCAUGCUAAAGGAGUAUUUAGUUGUAGCCCAGGAGGCUCUCAAUGCGAAGAAAGAAAUCUACCAGAUCAAGCAACAGCGAUUUGAGCUAGCUCAGGAAGAAUAUCAACAGCUGCACAAAUUGUGUGAGGAUGAUGGCCGCUCAUAUACCAGCUCCUUCUCCGGAUAUUCAACUAAUACAAAAUAUGAUCCACACCAGAUUAAAGCAGAAAUAGCAAGUCGCCGGGACAGGCUUUCCAGAUUAAAACGAGAGCUGACCCAGAUGAAGCAGGAGCUGCAGUACAAAGAGAAGGGUGUGGAGACCCUACAAGAGAUUGACUGGAAGAUGUCAAGUUCUCACACCAACUACAAACUGGAUGAGGCCCAGGCUAUAAUGAGUGAGCUCCGUACUAUCAAGAAAGCCAUUUGUACAGGCGAGAAGGAGCGGCGGGACCUGAUGCAGAGCCUGGCCAAGCUUACUGAUAGCUUCAAGAAUAGCUGCUCCAUUGCGGACCCUCUACAAGAUCUCCCUCACAAUACAGGCGCACUUGGUGACUCUGGUGUCCCUCAGCAGUUUUGUGAUGCUGGAUCUCAGACUGACUCUAUAGGGGAGUUUCUCUUUGAUGAUAAAACAAGACUUGUAGGCCGUGUCAGACUUAAUUGGCAGUAUGAAGAAGCCCGAAAAAGAGUCUCCAAUAUUCAACAGCAGCUGGCUCAGUUGGCUACCGAGUCAUGGCCGGGCAUGGCUGAGGCUGACAGGGACCGGCUGCAGCUCAUCAAAGAAAAGGAGGCCCUGCUGCAGGAGCUGCAGCUCAUUAUUCAGCAGCGGAGGUCGGCAGAAGAUGUGGCCCGACUGGAAGAAGAAAGGAGGCGCCUGGAGGAGGAGAUCCAACGUGCUCGGGCCACAUCUGCACAGGGUGCCAGGGAAAGGAUUCUACUUCAAGAAAAAAGAAAUUGUCUGCUUAUGCAGCUGGAAGAAGCUACACGUUUAACAUCAUAUCUCCAAUCCCAGUUAAAGAGCCUAUCUGCCAGCACCCUGACUGUGUCCUCUGGGAGCAGCCGUGGGUCCCUGGCCUCCAGCAGGGGUUCUCUGGCCUCCAGUCGUGGCUCCCUCAGCUCCAUCAGCUUCACGGACAUCUACGGCCUCCCGCAGUAUGAGAAGGCUGAUGCUGAGUGUGGCCAGCUUCUGCGCUUUGAUCUGAUCCCCUUUGAUUCCCUGGGACGUGAUGUCCCCUUCACAGACCCACAGAGUCACUUGGGCUUCCACAAGCAGAGGAGGUCCUUGGAUACACCGCAGUCUCUGGCCUCACUGUCCUCUCGCUCCUCCUUGUCCUCCCUGUCACCCCCCAGCUCUCCCUUAGAUACACCUUUCCUCCCAGCUUUGAGAGACUCCCCUCUGGCACAGAUGACUGACAACUUUGAGGUGCCAGGCCUGGGAACACUGGACAGACUGCGGUCACAGGCCUCUACUCUAGGAGAUGAAGAUUUGCAGGGAACUGCGACACUUCAGCCACAUGCAGUCCCUGUGGAUGGGGAAGGACCCCGUGAGCGGGGACCUCAACUUGUGGCUCCCACUAGUGGAACAGUGACUCUCCGGGAAGAUAGUGCCAAGAGGUUGGAGAGGAGAGCACGCCGUGUUUCUGCAUGCCUGUCAGAUUACUCUCUUGCCAGUGACAGUGGGGUGUUUGAACCUUUAACUAAAAGAAAUGAAGAUACUGAAGAGACUGCUUUGGGAGACACAAAUGGAAACAAUGAGCCUCAAAUCUAUGUGGGAUAUCUGCAUGACAGUACAAAUGAAUAUCUCCUUGUGCAUGUGCUGCAACUGAGGAACCUUGCUGGGCCGGUGAUGAAGGAAGACUGCAAAAUCCACAUCCGCGUCUACUUGCCCCCACUCGACUCUGGCACUCCCAACACUUACUGUUCCAAGUCUCUGGAAUUCCAAGCUCCACUGGUGUUUAAUGAAGUGUUCAGAAUCCCUGUGCAUUCCAGCAUGUUGACACUGAAAUCACUGCAGCUAUACGUGUGUUCAGUGAAUCCUCAGCUACAGGAAGAAUUGCUGGGCAUUGCUCAGAUAAACUUGGCCGACUGUGACAAUUCAAGAGACAUGCAGCUGCGCUGGUAUCCUGUACAGGUCUUUGCCAGCCCUGAGCCUCCUAGGCCAAAAGAACCUGUGCGAGUUCUGGAGAGUACCACACAGAACACCACGCAGGCAAGCUCCGGAAAGACGGAUGCAGUGACAGUGCUGCUGGCCAGAACCACAGCACAACUACGAGCUGUGGAGAAAGAGCUUGCAGAGGAGCGUGUAAAGCUAGAAUAUACUGAGGAGGAGAUUCUGGAGAUGGAGCGCAAGGAAGAGCAGGGAGAGGCUGUAUCUGAGAGGAGUUGGCAGGCUGACUCAGUUGAUAGUGGCUGUAGCAACUGCAUCCAGACCAGCCCCAACUACCCAGACUCCUGUUACACUGGUGUGGACUCCAUCCAUGGGCAUGUGUUUACUGGCCAAGUAGAUUCUUACAACCCUGAGAAACUCCAACUCCUGCCUCUAAAAGUUGACAAAGAGACCACCACAGAAGACCUUUUGCUAGAGGAACCAGUGAGUGUUCACAAGGAAAGGCUUAGCCGCCGUGCCCGAGGAUCUCCCUUCGUCCGCAGCAACACCAUUGUGCGCUCACAGACCUUCUCACCAGGAGCAAGAAGCCAGUAUGUUUGCAGGCUUUAUCGUAGUGACAGUGACAGUUCAACACUGCCCAGGAAGUCCCACUUUGUUCGAAAUACUUUGGAAAGGCGAACCCUUCGCUACAAACAGCCCUGCAGGUCAUCUCUGGCAGAGCUUAUGGCCCGUACCUCCCUGGACCUGGAGCUGGACCUCCAGGCCUCCAGGACUCGGCAGCGGCAGCUGAAUGAGGAGAUUGGAACCCUCCGGGAUCUGAGGCAGCGUCUGGAAGAUGCCCAGCUGCGGGGCCAGACUGACCUCCCACACUGGGUGCUCCGAGAUGAGCGGUUCCGUAGCCUACUGAAGGAAGCAGAAAGACAGACAAGACAGACCAAACUUGACUACCAUCAAGAACAAGUAGCUGAGAAGAUGCUGAAGAAGGCUUCCAAAGAGAUCUACCAGCUGAGAGGGCAGAACCAUAAGGAGCCUAUCCAAGUGCAGACCUUUAGGGAGAAGAUAGCAUUUUUUACGAGACCAAGGAUUAACAUACCUCCUCUCCCAGCUGACGACGUUUGAUGUAGUGCAUUGUGCACAUGAAGUAUUUAUCUGCCUGUUUUAUUUUCAUGAAGUUCUUAGAUUAGCUAAAUUUGUCUUUAAAAUAUUUGUGCAAAGCUAUUAAUAUACACAUUUUGUAAAAAACAUAUAUCUAUACAUAUAUAUUUUAUAAUAGUGACGGCAACAGGGCUUGGUUUUUCCUUGUUGUGAAAUCGACAUCUCUGAAGACAGGUUAUUUUAUAAAAGAUCAACUAUCAUGUUAAGAGUGUACAGUUUUUACGCUGUUUUAUUUGACUUAAAGGCUGGAAGACAGAAACGAAGUGAGUUCAGGCAAAUUCACUGUAUUGUAAUUUAUUUAUAGUACUUUUUUUCCUUGAAGGAAAAUACUGACUUUAAGGUGUAUUUUAAGACUGAAAUUUUGUUCUUCAGUAUUUGUCAUGCAGUAGAAUGGAACUUGGGGCCGGUUUUGUUUCUGACACCUGAAACGCAAACACUAUGUGCUGAAUUUGUCACAUGUAUCAGUUUCUCAUAGGUGCAUUUACCAUGUAUAUUGUACACUUUCACUUUCUGUGUGUUAUGUUAAAAUAUCAACUGCAGUAGUUCAGUCAUACUAUGCAAGCUGUGUAUGCAUUGUAGGGCUCAGUGUGCUGGGCACUGAUGGCUCCUCAUUGCUGUGUUGUCAUCUAAUGCAUCUUUCUGUGCUUACCAUAAGUCUGAAGCUGGCAACAGAGCCUCCGGCAUCCCAGGUUUCAGCCUGCCUGUCCACUGGUGACUGGUGGCUGUUCACAUUGCUUACAUUUGUCACAGCAUGUGCAGCUACCUUUGCCA